AACUUGUCAGUUCAACACUUUCUCACUCACCAGACGACAAAACUAACUUUAACUCGUUCGUUCGGUCAUUCAAAAUUCUCAAAUUCUAUGUCAGUCAUACAUUUCUAUUCAUUAGCAUAACCUUGCGUAUUAAAACUGUAUACCUAUUACAAUAAUCCAUUAUAGGAUAUUGACUUUAGAGAUCCAUAUCAUCAAUCUAGGCCUAGGCUAGCCUAUUGACAUUUGAUCAUAUUUGGACCAGGUAUUAGUCACCAUAAACAAUGGCUUCUUGUCUUGAAAAUUUACCUCCUUGUAUCUGGUUUGAAGGUGGAGACAAAAGAAAUGCUUUAUCCUCAAUGCUUGCUGGAUUUUUGUUCUUCUCUGGAUGGUGGUUUAUGAUUGAUGCGAAUGCCAAGUACCCAUCUUCUAUUGAUGGGCUGUACCAUGUGUGGGGAAUCGUUGGAACCAUAUCACUUUUUAUGAUCAACAUGGUGUCCAAUGCGCAAGUUCGGGGAGACGCUUACUCGGGAGGCUGCGUGGGACCGCGUGGUGCUCGAGUCUGGCUCUUCAUCGGAUUUGUGCUUGGCUUCGUUCCAAUAAUCGCUGCCUGUUGGAUCCUGAUGAAGGACUUUGUCAGUUCAUCUGGUAAGCCUUUUUGGGCUGGAAGUGGACUGUUUCUUCAAAAUGUCUUCAUCUUUGGAGGCUCACUUGUUUACAAGUUUGGAAGAACAGAAGAUCAGUGGGGUUAAGCAAAUACUGUCAAAAUUCUAUCAAAGAAUAUGAAAAUCCUCGGAAAGAUGGGUCAGGGAAGAUAUUUUUGCAUUUUGAGCAUUCAUGUAGCAUAAAUUCUUCAAUUUGAACAUCACAAUUAUUGCAAGUAUUAACAUAGUCUAUUUUUUAUUUAGUUUUUUCAUGUCAGUAAUUUUCUUUGGGCGUAGUUUAUAAAAUUUCAGGAGAUUCUGAAUGAAAUGAUCUGGGGUUAGCUGUUUCUAGUCUCAUGCAAAAAACUUCAAUCGUAAGAAUGCAGUUGAAGACAUGACCUAAUGUUUUUAAGAUUUGUAAUUGUAAUGUAUAUGUUGUAUUUUUAUAGUUUUGGAUACUAUAAAGUUUCCUAAUUUGUAUUAUUUUGUAGCUUAAUUUAAAUUAAAACUUUAAGUGGA